CGCUUUGAGGGUGUUUCGAAUGGUUGGAGGGGGUUUUCGACGGUGAGGAGGUGGUUGUUGGGGGCUUUCGGGAGUGGGGGAGGGGUUUUGAGGGUGUUUCGAAUGGAUGGAGGGGGUUUAAAGAGAUUUCCGGUUAUGGAGGGCCGAAAACCAAAUCGGGAAAGGAGGGGAUUGGGGGUGGAGGUGGGUCACGACACCGGCACCUGGGGUUUGGGGUGAAAGAGGCGCACGGUUGGGGCAGGGGAAGGGAGAGGUUGAUGCGGUCGACGGUGGCAGGUGGUGGUGGUGGUUACGAGGGUCAGGAAGGGGGGAUAAGGGUUUGCUGGUUUUUUAAUUUUUUUUUUCUUUUUUUGGACCAAUUGCAUUUUGACACGUGGCAUAUAACCUGUAAUAUCAGGUCAUUGACUUUGGUUGACCGGUUUAGGAUUGAAGAAAAAGAACUACCCUUAAAGUUCGGAAAGUUUGGAUUAUUCAAGUUGGGAUUAUUUUAUAAAAAUUGAUGAAAGUUGGGAUUAUUUUUUUAAAUUUUUUCCAAUUCGCUCUCAUCUUCCUUUCCCCUAAUCCCCAAUUUGGCAAUUCCCCCCAAACCCUAGCCUAAGAUUUUCCAAUUAAACUAUCGGGUGAGCCAUCGAUUGAUCUGCUAGUUUGUUUCAGGAAUGAGUACUACGGUUGAAGAUCUUUCACAAUUUGAUUUGUCAGAUGAGGAAAAGGAUAGGCUUGUUGCUGAGGUAAUUCGUUACAUUUUGUUUAAAACUCACCAAAGCUCGGGUUGCCCGGUUAAAAGGGAGGAACUUACCCAAAUUGUUACUAAGAAUUAUCGGCAGCGAGCCCUUCCUGCUGCUGUUAUUGAUAAGGCCAAAGAGAAGCUUGCUAGCAUAUUUGGUUAUGAUUUGAAGGAGCUUCAACGUACUCGUCCUCCUGCCAAAAAUCAAACUCGCUCUUCGCAACUUAGUGCUGCUGAUAUGAGAUCAUAUAUUGUCAUAAGUCAACUGCCAUCUAAUGUAUAUCAGAAGCAUGUUGAGGAUAUUUCUACAGCACACCUGACAGGAUUUACGUUUGUAAUUAUCAGUGUCGUACACCUUGCUGGAGGGAAAAUUUCAGAAGAGAAUCUGUGGCAUCACAUGAGACGAAUGGGACUGCAAGAAGCUGAUGAAAAUCAUCCAGCCCUUGGAAAUGUCAAGGUCUCACUGGAGGCACUUGUACAACAGAGGUAUCUUCAAAAGGAUAAAGUUAGCGGUCCUGAAGGAACCACUGUUAUGUAUGAGCUUGCUGAGAGAGCAUUAGAUGGUGAAGUUAGCCAGAAAAUUAAAGAGUACAUAUCACAGAUUGUAAAUAGGGAUCUUGGGACCGUUGAAGUUGAUGAUUAGUGAACAUACAAAUUGUGUUUAGAGUCAUUUCCCAUUACAUUUUCUCAGAAUUAGUUUAUUGGAGACUGAUCUGCACUUUUGUGCACACAGAAUUGGACAGGCUCAGGCAGAAAUGUUGCUAGAAUAUCUGGAUAAUGUUAUUUCAAUGGUCAGGAGGAGGAAAAUCAGAUAUUUUUGUGAUGAAGACUCCUGUAUUUAUAGAAUUACUGGGACUUUUGUCUUGUGAAUUGAUUCAAGUAUUGCAUUUUAGACGAUAUACUAAGCAAUCUUCUCCUUAACCAUGUAACCUUUUCAUGUCCACGUUUGUCUAUGCAUGUUUCAGCCCGUAGAUUUAAUGAAUGAGGGUUGUUAAGCUCAUUUUCUCACUCCAAUCUUACCUUUUACGUGUGCAUAUUUUGCAUACUUCCAGAAUGGUGGAUCAUUCAUGUCCACGUUUGUCUAUGCAUGUUUCAGCCCGUAGAUUUAAUGAAUGAGGGUUGUUAAGCUCAUUUUCUCACUCCAA